AUGGUUCUCUUUCGCUGUCUCGCGGUUGCAGCUGCGCUGUGCCACAAGGUCAGCGCCGGUCCAUGUCGCCCUCACCGAGACUCCACCACUACAAACGAGUUUAGCGGUGCUACAUUAGCAUUUGAGUCGUCAGUGCUAGUUGAUACAACUGCUCCGACGUCGACAUCUAUCACCCAUUCAUCAGUCGAGACAGUAUCUUCCUCGUACAUUUCUACAUAUCUUGCGGUUGCUACAAUGAACACAUUGCUGGAUGAAAUGGUGACGAGCGUGACUCUUUCAAGCAGGUUGGGCGAUGAGAUAUCGAUCCUCAGUGAGAUGACUGACGCAGAGACACCUCCCUCCAAUGCCGAACAGAAGGAGACAACUACUGCUCAACCCAACAGCUCGAGCGAGGACCCAUCUGUCACAGCGUCUCACCAAGCAUCAGCUGGCACAGAGACAAGCACUGCCGAAAUAAACAGUUUUGAGAUCAUCUCUACUGUACCAAGCAGUAUCGAGACGACAACCGACGAGACAACCAAAUUCGAAACGACCAGUGCCUAG